AUGUCCCUUUUUGGAGGGCUAAUGCUGGAGCGUAUCAGCCGCGACUCUCGCCAUAAGCGCUCCCACACUGGUGCCAAGCGCGCCCAGUACCGCAAGAAGAGAAAGUUCGAGCUCGGUCGCCAGGCUGCCAACACCAAGCUGGGUGCCAAGCGCAUUCACGAGGUCCGUGUCCGUGGUGGCAACAAGAAGUUCCGCGCCAUGCGCCUUGAGGCCGGUACUUACUCGUGGGGCUCGGAGUCUAUCUCCCGCAGCACUCGUAUUGUCUCGGUUAUCUACAACGCCUCCAACAACGAGCUCGUCCGUACCAACACCCUGGUCAAGGGCGCCAUUGUUCAGAUUGACGCUACCCCCUUCCGUCAGUGGUACGAGAACCGUUACGCCACUGUGCUCGGCAAGAAGAAGCGUCACCUGACCGCCAAGGUUGCUGCCCGUAACGCCACCGUUGAGACCGCCGUUGAUGACCAGUUUGUCUCUGGCCGUCUCUACGCCAUUGUCACUUCCCGCCCUGGCCAGUCCGGUCGCUGCGACGGUUACAUCCUCGAGGGUAAGGAGCUUGAGUUCUACCUUCGUAAGAUCCGCAGCAAGAAGUAA